AUGAGUGAUCCUUUUAUGCAAGCCACAAAGACAAAUACAUGUUAUGCAUAUAUUUUCCUCAGAGAACUAUUCGAUCGAUGUGAACCACGUUCCACGCAUGAAGCCCUAGCCGAAGUGGCAGCUGGAUUUGCUGCGGUCAUGACAUCCCAAGAAAUUCGAGUGGAUGACAAACGUAUUGAAUGGGUCUUUCACACCUGUUUGCUUCUCUGUAUCGCAGCCAUCGUGUCCGUGCUACAGGUUGCCCCAGCGUUUGUCAUUUAUGGCCUAUGGCAACAUCAUGGAGUAUUUGCAUGCGCUCCAGAUCCCAUUAUCCCGUACGAAUAUCAUCUUUAUUUCAAUGUUCACAAAACCAUGUUUAUCGAUGGAAUGUUCCAAUGCACUUGUUCCGUACUGUUAAGUGUCAUAAUCUAUCGACAAUUCAAGCGGGUCCAACGCAUUGUUAAUCAGUUACGUUCAGUUCAUUUAUCCCGUGAUGUGGUCAGUGUGACCCUGCUUGCGACGAUCCUCCGGUUGGACGAAACCUCGCAGAACAUGCGUAUUCUAUUCUCUCUCCUAUUUCCUACAAUUUGUUCCCGUCUGGCUCGUUUGUGCCUUCCAGAUCCCAGUGCAAUGGCUAAAGAUGCGAACUAUACAACCUCGCGUGAAGCUCGCCUACGUCGACUUACUAAACUCAGUCUGUGGCAUCUCAUAACCUAUUUAGAUAUUCUGAUCUCCGGAUUUGGAUACUGGUGCUGGUAUAUCAAUGUACCUAAAUUGAUCAGUACCAUCAAGACUGGUUAUGAGUACUUCAUGCGCUGGAUACGUCGAAAGCGUCGAAAGCGAAGGGGCCGAAGAGUUGCGAGAAGUUACUUCCGACAAAGCUGUAUCUCAAUGGGUAUACGGAUUGAUGAUCUGCAUCGGAACAAGACAAUCAUCAACCAACUGAAUGCAUUGCAGCAACAUUUGGGAGUUUUCUAUGCCGAUGAACUUCAAGAGGCGGAACGUUUGUUAAACUCUUUAGACUAUGCUUUUGACUAA